AUGAAUUCACCUGGCCUUUGGAACCCUGCAGAAGUACAACUUUGCUUUGCUUCGGUCAACAAUUCAUGCCCUAGAGGUGUGAGGUCUGCGCUGAGCGUCUCUGCCAUGUACAUUGUCAUGAUUGGCGCUAUAGUGAUGACCAUACUGGGCAAUCUGGUUGUGAUCAUCGCCAUCACCCACUUCAAGCAGCUCCACACCCCAACCAACUUCCUGAUCCUCUCCAUGGCCACCACUGACUUUCUGCUGAGCUGUGUGGUCAUGCCCUUCAGUAUGAUCCGGUCCAUCGAAUCCUGCUGGUACUUUGGAAAUCUCUUCUGCAAAGUCCACAGCUGCUGUGACAUCAUGCUCUGUACCACCUCCAUUUUUCACCUCUGCUUCAUCUCAGUGGACCGUUACUAUGCUGUUUGUGACCCUUUGCAUUAUGUCACCAAAAUCACCAUUCCUGUCAUAGAGGUCUUUCUGCUCAUCAGUUGGUCUGUUCCAAUCUUUUUUGCCUUCGGCCUAGUGUUCUCAGAAUUAAACAUAAUUGGUGCAGAGGAUUUUGUUGCAGCCAUUGACUGCGCAGGUUUGUGUGUGUUGAUAUUUAACAAGUUCUGGGGGGUUAUGGCCUCCUUUAUAGCCUUUUUCCUCCCUGGGACCGUGAUGGUGGGGAUUUACGUACACAUUUUCACAGUAGCCAGGAAGCACGCUAAGCAGAUCGGCACGGGUCCUGUGAUGAAACAGGUUGGGUCAGUAAGCAAAAUGAGAGCAUCAUCCAAAACAGAAAGCAAGGCCACCAAGACUUUAAGCAUAGUCAUGGGAGUGUUUGUGUUGUGCUGGCUGCCCUUUUUCCUCUUGACGAUUACAGACCCUUUCAUUAACUUCACAACUCCUGAAGACUUGUAUAAUGUCUUCCUCUGGCUGGGUUAUUUCAAUUCCACUUUCAAUCCCAUUAUAUAUGGCAUGUUUUACCCUUGGUUUCGCAAGGCACUGAGGAUGAUUGUCACAGGAAUGAUCUUCCACCCUGACUCUUCCACCCUAGGCCUGUUUCCUGGACAUGCUUAG